ACUUGUAGCAAGGACACAGGGCUAUAUCCAUCACCCGUUGCAGGAGGCGGGAUUUCCUGCCCGGAUCAACACAGCUACUGAACGCACUUUAGGAAAACUAUUCAGCCAGAGACGUUCCUUUACAAGAACAACGAGCUACGCAGAAGUGUUCGAUUCUGACUAACGCAUUUAGCUAAAUGGGCAAUGUUGAUACGGAGGCAGGUUUCGUCAGAUUUGAAAUUUAGGUGGACACCAAUCAAGGCGAGAGUGCAUUGUGCUGCCAGCGGAAGGGGUAGCUUAAGAUAGUCAAAUUGGUUGGCGGUUGUGCGUUUUACAAGAGGCGGCAUAGGCAAAAUCGUUUCUCUUGUUGAAUGUCAGCUGUCCGUCCGUUGCAUGUGUGGUAAUAACAUGUCGGCACCGCUGCCAGCAAUCGUCCCAGCAGCCCGGAAGGCCAGUGCAGCGGUCAUAUUUCUACAUGGCUUAGGUGACACCGGGCACGGCUGGGCAGAGGCCUUUGCAGGGAUCAGGACUCCACAUGUGAAGUACAUCUGUCCGCAUGCGCCCACCAUGCCCGUGAGCCUCAACAUGAACAUGCGCAUGCCUUCAUGGUUUGAUAUUGUAAGCUUGAGUCCAGAUGCAACAGAAGACGAGUCUGGUAUCAAACGAGCCGCAGAGAACAUCAAAGCACUAAUAGAUCAAGAAGUGAAGAACGGCAUCCCGUCCACCAGGAUCGUGCUUGGAGGAUUCUCUCAGGGAGGGGCACUGUCUCUCUACACGGCUCUCACCACAAAGCAGAAGCUUGGUGGUGUCUUGGCCCUCAGCUGCUGGCUGCCUCUCCGGAACUCUUUUCCACAGGCUGCAGCUGACGUGGGCAAUAAGGACGUGCCUGUGCUUCAGUGCCAUGGGGAGGCAGACCCUCUGGUGCCACUGAUGUUUGGUUGUCUGACGGUCCAGAAACUCAAAAGCCUCAUGAACCCGAAUAACAUCACCUUCAAGACCUACCCCGGGAUGGCCCACUCCUCCUGUCCACAGGAAAUGGAUAAUAUCAAAGACUUCAUCGAAACAAACCUGCCUCAAAUUGACUAAGCAGACAGCAUGUGAACAGUCGACGAAUGAACGAAUGGAUGGCCGCCCAACCUCACUAAAAGCUGGUGACCCCAACCCGAAUCAGACUGAUCGAGCACCAAACAGAACUGAACCCAAACAGGACUCUCAUCGCUCAGCUGACUCCAGAACCCAUCCGACCGAGGAGACUGACGAAUGUGCUGCUAUAAGAAUUAUUCUGUCAGCUGGACAAGUUGAGGGUCACCGUCUAGGUUCAGGUUCACGAAGAGGACCCGUAGACAAACCACUGUUGCCAUGACAGUCUUAAUGACAAGUGAUGUUUUGCAGAGACUGAGGAUGUAGCUGAUUUUAUGCUAAUUUACUGUAAAUAAAAGCCACCUGCUUAA